AUGAGUUAUCCAGAUAGUAAGAACUGCCAAAGUUGGUGUCUGAGAUAACACAUUGUGGAGCUGGGGGAAAGCAGGCAGCAUCAGAGGCUCAAGAAAGUUGAUGUUUUGGGUCAGGACCCUUCCUCCAAAAUGGAGGGUGGACGGGAGCUCAGAAACAAAUAGUGUGGAGAGGGAGGAGGUGCUGGGGAAGGUAGGUGGGAUGGUGAUAAAUGAGUACUAUCCAGAUUGGAACAGAUUUACCCCAGAAGGUAUUGAAUACAAGUUCCAAAUCACUCUCAAAAUCCUAGUGACUGUUAACAUUCAUGUUUUUUUUGUCUGUGUGUUUCAGUAGUUGCAUGUCAGUUUGAAUGGUUCAUUGAGAGUGAGGAACCUAUGGACUCACACACACCAUCAUGGAAUUUAAUUCAAAGAGUGACUCCUCUUCAAAGUACUUAGUCGCUUUUAAAAUCUUGACCAUUUCUGCUGUCUAGUUGAACAAGUGUAGCUGAAUACUGCUUCAAUAGGAAUUAGUGUUUAAUAGGAACAUAUUUGUGAAACUUACAGUUCCUCAAGCUUUAGCAUAAACUGGUGGAGACUUUCGGCGCUUGCAAAAAGGCUCACCUCUCUUAAUACUGAAGGAAAAUUGGAGUUUAAAAAUGCGGAUAAAGUUCUCCAAGCUGACAGAAAUUGAAAGCACUCGCAUCCUGUGACGAUGGGGUAGGAGUGGAAGAAUCAGAGUGUUUCUUUGAAAAUUGGCUUGAUGUGUCUGUCCAAGGGUCAUCUGGAGGAAAAAAUACAAGUGUUGAACUCCAUCUGCCACCUCUCAGCCCAUCUGCAGCGAGCAGCAGCGGAGGCAAGACGGACCCGGAAGACUGCAGCUAAGGUAAAGCAGUUUAUUUUUAAAAUUACUUACCGGUAGCGGGCAGCGGUGUUUUUUUUUCCUCUCAGACAAGGAGUGGGAGCAGCAGAGGAAGUGACGAGGACCAGAGGGGCAGCCGGGAAGGAAAGCAGUGACCAUAUAUGUCAGCAAGGCGGCUAAACCCGAGGCUCUACAACUGUAGUGUCUCCCACCCGCCCUCCUCCUCUAACCUAGUUAAUAAGGCACUCAGACAUGAACUAAUGGAUAAGGAGGAGACAAUCAUAACUGCUUUGGAUUCAGCCCAUAGAAGGGCCAGAGGAGUCGCGCUGACACCUUCAUGUUUAAACAGAGGACACUUUUCUGCGUGCCACUAGAUGUAUAUCAGCCAUACCAAAAUGCUGCCUUUGCCUGAGACAGGGAAGAUGAAAUGACUUUGGGGAAAUGGAGAAUCAUUCAUGAAUCCAGUUACUUUCUGAUCUGACAGCUUUGUGGCAUCUGAAUGGAUAACAAUUUGAUCUGAUGUUGCCAGACCCGGUGAGCUAUUCCAGCAACUUUGUUUUAGUUCCUGAUGAGCUGCGACUUUGUACUUGACUGAUUUCCAACAUCAAAAGUUCUAAAUGUUGGAAGAGAUUGGUUUACCUUGACUUCCUAGCUUGAAAAUGUGCCUUUUAUGCAAAGAAACUGUACUCUGGGACAGUGGUUUUGCAGAUUUACCUGCAGGUCCAGCUGUGAAUCGGAGUUGAAGUAGUUGCAAGCACUGAUGAAUAGGCAGCUAUUUAGCCUCUGGAUGUAAUCCUGUGGAAGCGACGAGGGUCUAGGCCAUUGACUCGAGAACUGAUGAGGGAACGGCUUGCCCCAACCAGCUUCCCUUCAGGGGAACGCCAGCCUCAGGUCGCUCCCCUCAAGGGGUACAUCAUCCUGACCUUGCUCCUCUCAUGCGUAGGCAGCUACAUCUUUCUCCCCUCUGGCACAUAAUAGACCGGCGGCAAACCUGGUGGGAUGCCACUUUCCAUGAGCGGUUGGCUAACCAGAACCCAGCAGGUGUAGUAAGCAGCAGUGUCACUUGGGAGGUGAUGAUCUCUGUUACCAUUGGCAACCAACCUACGAUUAUUGCUCGAUCUCGGGCCAGGAUUGAGUGAAACACCAUUAGCACGCCACUUCCCCUUCUUGAUGUUGCACAUUGAAUGCCUUUGAAAGCCUGUUACAUUUCUUAAUGGUGACACCCCUGCCCACUGUUGAGUCAAUACCAGUUGUUGUGGGAUGAUGUAUGUGUACGUCAGUUGCUCAAUUGGGGACUUUAACUCGCAAUGAAGUUGGGAAGUUAUGCACAAGUCUUCUCACCAUGGAUUUAAUCUGGCUCUAAGCAGAAUUGUAGGUGGUGCCAUCCUUCCACCUGAUUAAAUGUCCUCCAUUUUCAAACUUGCCACAAGGGAAAGUACAAAAUCCCGCUGUUUUUGUUAUCAAUUCAUGGUUUUUAAUUUUGCAAUCAGUGUCGUAAGCAGCAGAUUAGUUCAGUCCUUGUGAAAUUGAAGGCAAUGCAACACUUUAAUUGGUCACUUUUUAACAUGGUAGGUUCUCAGACUGAGGAAAUGGUGAAUGUUGUUGAUCUUUAAUGCAAUAUAAUGGAGGAGAGAAAAAUCUGGACUACAGAGCCCACAGGAAGAAAAUUAUAAUCUGUCAGUGCUGCCUCCAUUCGAACAAUGCCAAGUAAAUACCCGUCCCCAAAGCGAACAAUGGAAGUUUCCUGCAUAUCAGAACAUACCCAUUGAGUGGGGAACUGAUGAAUAAUGCAGGAGCACCAUCGGAUUGAAAUACUUUUAUUCUAAGAAUUUCAGAACAUGCUGGGAUUUUUAUAGCAAGCAAUACUUGUGAUGGAAUAUUCUUUUAAUGUCAAAAUACUGCAACAGUUUGGAAGAACCAAUAUUAAAUGGAUAUUAUUGCAGAUAAUAUAUGUGAAUUAAAUAAAAUUGUUUGCUUAAAGUAUUUUGUAAUUCAAAUUGAAUGUCGCAUUUUUGUUGUAUCUUAGUUGUCUUCUGUUUCUACUUUUUCUUAUUUUUAUAGAGCAGGUAUUGUCCUGGUCACUUGUAAUGCUGCCAAUUCAAGAUUAACUACAUGGAUGGUCUCUAUCAGUUGCUUAAUCCCCGAUGUCAGUUUGCAAUCCUGAAUCCAAGAUUGUCACUUCAUCUUUCAAUUCUGUGUUUAAUCAAAGUCUGAGAUCAACAGCUUUCAUUUUACUAUCUGGAAGUCAAUCAGUGCAGAUUUUGUUUGUAAACCAGCGUUCUGUCUGUAAAACUGCUUCGUUUAAUUAGAUUAGUUAGUUAAGAUUCAUUUUAAUGAAAUGAAUCAUAACUAAGCUUCAUCUCUUCCUCAUUCUGAACACAUGGUAUGUCACGCAAUGGCAAUUCAAUUUUGCAUUGGUGCCAGUUCAAACCAUGUGUAUUCCAACUACAGAUUGAUACAGAUGAAAUUGUACCAUUUCCUUUUUAGUACCAUUCUCACCAUACAGUGUUUCUGUUCAUUACGUUUCUGUGUACAGUUCUGAACCAGUCCCCUUGCCCCUGAGCUUGCCAAAUGUCUCAAUGUUGUCGUGACAUUGUCAAAGAAUUCAUUUCUUGGUAGAUUCAGAGAUAAAUUAAUGUAAACUAGUAUGUGUUAAUGCCUCUGCUGUAAUCGGGCGAAACACUCAGGCCAUUGUCUUAAUUUUUCUCUCUUGUAUUUAUAUUGAAAUGUUGACCAUGCCAUUUGCUCCACUUACUGGAAUUGGACUUGUUACAGAAGUGCUGAACGUCAACUUGCCAAAUACAAUUGGAUGAAAAGUAUGAGGCCAAUCAGUCUCUUGAAACACUUUCUCUAUGCAAUCAACAUAACAACAUUCAUUGACAAUGAAAAAUUACGUACGUGCUUAAGAAGAUUAGAUUUGAAACAGAGAUUUGUGAAUAUGAAUGGAGCUAUAUAUGUCCCCAUCUCAGGCACCCACCUCAAGUUCACCUGGACUAUCUACAACACCUCUGUCACCUUCCUGGACCUCUCUGUCUCCAUCUCAGGUAACCACCCAGAAACCGAUAUCCAUUUCAAGCCCACCGACUCCCACAGCUACCUAGAAUACACCACCUCCCACCCACCUUCCUGCAAAAAUUCCAUCCCCUAUUCCCAAUUCCUUCACCUCCGCCUCAUCUGCUCCCAGGAUGAAGCAUUCCAUUCCCGUACACGUCAGAUGUCCUCGUUUUUCAACGACCGCAACCCCCCACCCCCCACCCAACCACACACAGUGGUCAAGAACCAUGUCUCCCACAUUUCCUGCAACUCAUCCCUCACACCCCAUCCCCGCAAUAAGCACCAAAAGAGAACCCCCUCAUCCUCUCAUACCACCCUACCAACCCCUGGAUACAACGCAUCAUCCUCCAACACUUCCACCAUCUGCAAUCUGACCUCACCACCAAAGACAUUUUUCCAUCCCCACCCUUGUCUACUUUCUGGAGAGACCACUCUCUCCAUGACUCCCUUGUCGGCUCCACGCUUCCCUCCAACCCCACCACACCCGACAUUUUCCCUGCAACUGCAGGAAGUGCUACACGUGCCCCCAUACUUCCUCCCUCACCCCCAUCCCAGGCCCCAAGAAGACUUUCCACAUCAAGCAGAUGUUCAACUGCACAUCUACCAAUGUGGUAUACUGCAUCCGCUGUACCCGCUGUGGACUCCUCAACAUCGGGGAAACCGAGGAGAGACUUAAGUGUUCUGCAAAGCAGUCCCUAUGCUCGGUUCACAACAAACAACUGCACCUCCCAGUCGCGAACAAUUUCAACUUCCCCUCCUAUUCCUUCGACGACAUGUCCAUCCUGGGCCUCCUGCAGUGCCACAACAAUGCCACCCGAAGGUUGCAGCAACAGCAACUCAUAUUCUGCUUGGGAAUCCUGCAGCCCAAUAAUAUCAAUGUGGAUUUCACAAGCUUCAAAAUCUCCCCUCCCCCUACUGCAUCCCAAAACAAGCCCAGCUCGUCCCCGCCUCCCUCACCUGUUCUUUCUCCCACCUAUCCCCUCCUCCCACCUCAAACCACACCCCCAUUUCCUUCCUACUAACCUCACCCCUUGACCUGUCCGUCCUCCCUGAACUGUCCUGUCCCCUCCCUACCACCCCACCCACACUCACCUCUACUAGCUCCACCUCUUCAACUUGUCUGUCUCCUCUCCAACUAUCUUCCCCUCUAUCCAUCUUCGAUCCACCUCCCCCUCUCUCCCUAUUUAUUUCAGAAUCCUCUCCCCCUCCCCCUUUUCUGAUGAGGGGUCUCGGCCCAACAUGUAAGCUUUUGUGCUCCUAAGAUGCUGCUUGGCCUGCUGCGUUCAUCCAGCUGCACACUUUGUUAUCUCUGUAUCAUGUAACAACCUCAUUGAGUGAGUUCUAGAGCGAAUUGUGCAGGGUAGACUUCGGGUUUAUCAUUCUAACUUGCCAGUCCUGAAAGAUGAAACUUGGUUUGUGUUGGAUGUUUGUUUUAAUAGCUAUGAAAGAUAUCCUGAAAGGAUAUGUCAAAUCUUUUGUUGAGAAUUUUACCCAUUUAGUCACUCUAAUCUUUUUCCUUUUUUAAAGUUUCCUUGGUAGUCAUAAAUUUCAAAUAUCUGCACAAUUUUAUUUGGCUUUGUAUUGGUUCUCUGAGAUUCUCUGUUAAUGGCUCCGUGACCUGCUAGCUCAUUACAGAAUUUAUCAUUGAUGUGCCUGUAACAAAAUCUUUAGUCUUAUACUAUAUAUUCCCAAUUUCAGGCUAAAGUCCAGAGAGACCUUUUAAAGGAAAGGGGUUUCGAAAGAAAACUUCAGUUCCAUCGAUCAAAGUCAUGAAUAGUUGAUAAAUUAUUUGCAUU